AUGGGUCCGCCCGUGAUUCAAAAGGCCGUCGCGAGGACCCAGGACUGCCAGAAAUUGGCUAUAUUAGAUUGCGAGGAUGUUCGAACUCCAGCCGAACUACAUGACAUCCAAGUAUGGGCCCGUCUUGUACAGGAACGGUCAGUGCUAGUCAAGCUGGUAGGCGUCUGCUACGCGGAGGCGAGAACAUUAGAUGAGGUUGUGGAGACGGUACAACGACGCCACGACCCCAAAUGUUUAGUUCCCAAAGUCUUUCCCCAACCAGGCUUCCCGGAACCUAACUUACUGGAACCUAGGCUCCUGGCGUCGAGCUCUCCACAACCGGAUUCGUCGCAACCGGAUUCGUCGGAGCCCGUGGAGCCAGCUUGUAAGCAGCGCCGACUGGUCGACCGAAUCAAUCGAGGGUUCACACGCACAUGGCUGCGGGAGGAGAUGGAAGACUACCGGUCUUUUGCGUGGUAUUGCGAUACCGCUGGUUACCAGGCGAGUUUGGAACAGCAUGUUGAGAACAUGAAUAGUUUCAGAUUUUUGUUUGAGCCCCACUACAGGGCAAAUCUGAAGAAGCCAGGUGUGGAAUUUUGUAUCCUUCAGGAGUUCAAUACCCACUCUAAAGAGCCCGUUUGGUGCUGCGUUGGAAAGGUGUUGACCAGGGUACUGAAGAACUGCCGGGUUACCUCCCCCUACUUGCUUCCCCGCAGACCGAUCCUCGGACCUACGACGCUCGAUACCGACGCCAGCUUCAUCAUGUGCAACCUCGCUGAGGUCAAGGCCGGAGACGUUGUUUUGGACCCCUUCUGCGGUACCGGCUCUAUCCUCAUCGCUGCCAGUCGCUUAGGCGCCGUAUGUUUCGGAUCCGAUCUGGACAAGAGGGUCGUGCGAGGCUGGGGAGUCGCCUAUCUCAACCGGGC